UGAAAAUUGUACAGUCAAGUAUUUUAGCUGUCAUUGUACUGACACAAAUCUACUCCAACGGAACAACAAAAUGUAAAACCUUGAAUAGAAUGAUAAGAUGUUUUGAAGUACAUCCAAAUACGGAUAUGAUAUACCAUGGUUUUUAUGGUUGUGAUACUAACAGCUUAAAAACAAAUUGUGAGGAAAACAAAAGACUUAAUGAAUUUCAAGUUAUAAGACUUGAAGUCAAAGUUUUUGAAAAAACUUAUUUUCUACGUCUGGUGAUAAACCACAGAAUCUUCAGUGGUUUGACCGUUGUGAAAAUUGCAGAUAAGCAAGAUAUCAGACAGUUGAAACUGAAUAAGGCAGAAUUUUAUCAUGGAUUUGUAGAAGGGGAUGCAACUUCUUGGGCAUAUGGUAGAUUACAUGAUGGUAUGUUUGAUGGAUCAUUUAUAUAUAAAGGAGAGCAAGUUUACAUUGAAAAAGCAUCAAAGUAUAUACUAAAUGUAAGUAAAGAACAUUCAAAGGAUUAUAUUGUGUAUAAAGCCAGUGACAUAAGUUAUGAUAACAGUCACGUGAGACUACAUGGAGUACAUGUUCCUAGAACUAGGUUUUCUUUUAGUACUUAUACAAAAAUCCAGAAAUCCAAGAGAUCUACUGGUACAGAAAACACUUGCUCUUUGCACCUUGUUGCAGACCACACAUUUUUUCAAAACAUUGGAAAGGGGGAUGCCACAACAACUAUCAAUGAAAUGGUGUACCACGUAACAGAGGUUGACAAAUUAUUUCGAGGAUCAGACUUCAAUGGAGACGGAGAGGCAGACAACAUAGGGAUUGCUAUAGGUGAAAUAACAAUAUAUGGAGACAAAGAUGCAGUUGCCUACAAGCUAGCUGACACAAGCACAGAUGUUUUCACCUAUUUAUAUUCAUUUUCGGAAUACAACUUUGAUAAUUUUUGUGGAGGAGUGGUUUUUACCCACAGGGAUUUUGCUGAUGGCGUUUUAGGAUUGGCUUGGAUAGCAGAUUCCAGCAAGUAUGGCUCAGCUGGAGGUAUAUGCCAGCAGAGCAUGUUUAUGGGUCCUGACAACAAAAUGUACAAUUUCAACACAGCAAUGGUGAGCUUUCUAAACUUUGGACAAGUAUCGCCUCGUAAGGUAUCAGUGUUGACAUUAGCUCAUGAACUGGGUCACAACUUUGGCUCUGAACACGACAAUACACAAGAUUCCCUCUGUUCUCCUGGUGACCCAGGGUUUGGGAAUUAUCUCAUGUACCCCACGGCAAAUGAUGGGCAAAAGCCAAACCACUGGUUAUUUUCACAGUGCAGCAAGGACUAUAUCAACCCAGUGCUCCAAAAUAAGGCCAGUUGUUUUAUAGCCAACCCAGGCCCAGUGUGUGGUAAUGGAAUAGUAGAGGACGGGGAGGAAUGCGACUGUGGCAGUGCAUCGUACUGUGCUGAGACAGACCCAUGUUGUACUCCUCCAGGAGGACUGGGUUAUGACACAGGCUGCACCAUAAGGAAAAGUGCUGGGUACUCCUGCAGUCCACUGGUGUCCGAGUGCUGCACCACCAGCUGUGUUGUUGUACCCCUGGAGAACCAUCAGCUGUGCCAGCAGGCAACCGACUGCACUGAGAGCAGUUACUGUGAUGGUGUGGGAGCAAACUGCCCAGAGCCACAGCACGAGGCAGAUGGCACGCUGUGUAACCAAGCUGAGAAAACGUGUGUCUCUGGACAGUGUAUAGGGACCAUAUGCUCCGGCCUGGGACUGGAGGAAUGCCAGUGUGUUGGCAGCGACUCCCUGUUGUGUAGACUGUGUUGUUAUAACAGUAGUGAGCCACAGAGCUGUCAUCCUGCAGAGAAUUACCACACCCCUAGCACCAAGAUCAGAUACAGGGACCCAGGCAAAGGCUGCAACAACUACACAGGGUACUGUGAUAGAAAACAUAAAUGUAUUGAAGUGGAUUUUAAUGCUGCCCUGAAAAGACUUAGUGAGGUAUUUAGUCCCAAGACAUCGGAGAUAGUGAAAGAAUGGUUCACUAACUACUGGUACUACUUGCUUAGUGGUGUUGGGGUCCUGGCUUUCCUUAUAGCUGUAUUCAUGGUUAACUGCAAGAAGAAGGAACCAGUCAGCACUAUGGCUUUCAAGGCUGGGAAACUGCAGAGAGUCAUGUUUGAGGUUGAACGACAGAAGAGGUUGCUGAAACAAAGACUAAACAACAUUGAUAGUGCAUUUGAGCAGAAAAUGGAAGCCGAGAAUCAAAUGGACUUCAUUGUGGCCGUCAGUAGAAUGUGUACAUUUUUUCCCAAAACUCCCAAAAGUGUUAUCAUAAAGACCGUUCGCACCAGUUCCAGUGAAGAGUUUGCUGUUAAACAGCUACUUAUCAAGGGUUAUCCAAUGAGAAGGCUGUAUGGUGACAACACUAACAAUAGCAAUGCACUGGAGCAAACUUUUAAACUUCUGAACCUGGAGCUCGAGUAGAUCUCUG